CUCCACCAAAGUAUGCUUGUAACUAAAAUUGCCUAUCUCACCUGUUUUUAUUAUAUCUUUACCAUUAUAAAAACACCCUUUAUCUCCUCUUCACACAUCAAGCACUUGUACAGGCAAUAAUAUCUUUCCAUCUUCUAGCACUAGAGCCCAUCACGAUUCAUUACAAAGAUGAAGCACCAAUCUGUCUUCUCAUUUUCACUUAUCCUUUUCCUUUUCUACUCCACCAGAACCAUAGCCCAAUCACCGGCAGCCGCCCCUGUUCAGGCACCACCAGUUGCCCCAGUACAGGCACCACCUGCACCUCCUGUACAAGCACCACCUGUACCACCCUCGCAAGCACCAUCCACUCAGGUAGCAGCAUCACCUGGCCCUACAGACGUUGUCAAGAUCCUCGAAAAAGCCGGCCAUUUCACCAUCUUAGUGCGCCUAUUGAAAGCAACCAAAGAGGAUUCUGAAUUACUCUCAGAGCUCAACAACACAAACAAUGGAGUGACAAUGUUUGCACCGAACGACAAUGCGUUUUCGAGCCUUAAAGUAGGCACUCUCAACUCCUUAAGCGAUGAACAGAAAGCGGAGUUAACUAAGUUUCAUGUAGUACCUACAUAUAUAUCAAGUACACAGUUUCAGACUGUGACCAAUCCUGUCAGGACACAGGCAGGAACAGGUGAUCGGGUAGCACUGAAUGUAACUACAGUAGGUAGUUUUGUCAACUUAACUACAGGACUGACAAAUGCAAGCGUUUUAGGAACUGUAUACUCUGAUAAUCAGCUUGCUAUUUAUCAGGUUGAUAAGGUACUUCUUCCGUUGGAUGUUUUUACUCCUAAGCCUCCAGCACCAGCUCCUGCACCUGCACAAGAAAAGCCUGGAAAGAAAUCUCCUGAUGUAGAGACUAGUACUCCUACCUCUUCUAAGGAUAUUUCAGGUGCAGUAAGUAUUGUUGGGUAUAAGAAUGUGGUUUUUCUUGCAAUUGUUAUGAUGGCUGCAUUGUUUCAUUAGAAAUUCUGGGUUUUCUUUUCUGUUUAGUUUCUCAUUUUGUUGUUUCAAUAAUUUUGCGGCUUUGGACAAUGAUGAUUUUGAAAUAAUUGUCAUUUCUCUGAUGUACAAGUGUAUAUCCAUCAUUGCUAUCGUGUAUAUAAUUGGUUUUACAAAAAAUUACAAGGUCUUGGCGGCACAGCACUUCGAAAGUACCUUGAAGUUCGAUCAUCAUCCAGCAGACAAUUGGAAAGAAGACGAUGAAGAAGAAAAUUGAGUUGUUUUUGCUUCAUUUGGUUGCUUGCCUAAGAUCUUGAUGAAUUCGUAUCUGUUUCUGUUUAUAAAAAUUAUUUUUGAGUUGUGCAUUAUUAUUCUUAUUAUUAUUGUUGCUGAUUUUGAUUAAUGAAGUCACAAAUAAUUCAGUCAA